CCUUGAAUACCAUCUCCGAACCAAGACAAAAUACCAGAUCCUUCCUUUCCACUUUUGAGACACUUGACCAUUAUCCCAGGGAUCUUGACUUCGUCUCAAACCCACUCAUACCUUCUGUGUCUCACAAAUCACAAUGCGAUUCUUCGCCUUGAUAGCUGUCUUUUUAGGAAGCAGCACCGUCCUCGCCGCCCCAGCCAACGCCAAGCGAGAUUCAUCAUGUUGCUGUUGCGACAUCUCAGAACCUGCCGUCGUUUGCAAGAAGAUGGACGACUGCCUAUGUUUGGAUGUCUAUUGCCCGGACGAUGCUCCCACCAUCUGGGCCAAUACUGUUGGGCCUCCCGAGGCCACUGAAGGCCCCGUGAAGCGCCGAGACGACUGCGAGAAUGACGACCAAGGCCAUGGCUUUGACUGCUGCUGCUGUGAUCCCUCGAUUCCAGCUACAGUAUGCGACUUUCGUGCCAGCCCUGAAGACUGUGUCUGUCUGGCAGUUGAAUGCCCAGAAGGCGCGCCGACGAUCCGGUCCGGUGAUCCCCUACCUACCAAGACGCCAGUACAUACACCUACGCCCACGCCCGCAACCCCGGAGCCGUGUUGCUGUUGUAACAUUGGGCUGGGUUCGAUCGUGUGCGAGCUGCGCACAGCCGUUGAUGAAGGGUGCUUCUGCCCGCUGGUGAUUUGCCCUGACGGUGCGCCCACCAUCACAGUAGAGGCAAGUCAGCCAGAGAAGACGGAAUAGGCUGGUACAAGAGACAAUACGAUACGGGCGGCAAGGAUGAGCGAAUGCGGGCUUAUCCUCCUUCGUUCUACUUGGAGCAUCUUGAUUAGGGGCGUUUUUUCUCUUUCCAUAUUUUAAGUUCUGUCUGGUAUGCCCGCAUUUAGGAACUGGGCGUUGUGCCAAUGUGGGAGUUAUUCAGUGAUAUCGAAGAUGUUGAUGGCGGUAAGCUCCAGCCACCAUUCCGACGGUUAUGACAAAGUUUCAGACCAUCAUCAGAUCAUCAAUAAAGUCUCGGGGAAAACGGUACUUGACACUGUCGAGCAACGUUAAUCAUUGUUAAAAAGGGAGGACGUAGGUAGACUUUAUGUUCCUUGCGUCUUGUUUGUAUUAGCUCCAUUGCUCCAAACUUACAUUGGUCACUUCACCGCUGUACGACUCAUAUCACCUCAGUCCAAAAGCAAGAAUAGAAAAUACCUG